AUGGCGGCUCCAGUCGUCCUUCGUAGGAUCUGUGGCCAAGAAGAAGUAGUGAUCCCUUAUGCUUCCGACAGUGACUCAGAAAGUGUGGAUUUGCAGCUGAGCAACUUAGAAGAUGUUAAAAAAGACCCAAGUAGUCUUGAAAUUACAGAUUUGGACAUCUCUGAUAUCACUGGACUACCUCAGGAGUCCCUCACAGAUACCUCCGGCCACCUGACCUACUACAGACCUGUUGGUGAGGCCAUCAUUGAGAGGCUGAUCAGAUCUGUACAUGACUUUUUUAAUGGUGAGCUAAAGGGUGAAUUUGAGAAGCUGACAUUCCUAAGAUCUUUGUCUUGUCUCAGUCGAACUUUAACUUAUGAUGAAAACACAGAAUCAUUCAUUAAAAGCCACAUAACAGACAUUGUGCGUAUCCUAAAUGAAAGAGACUCUGAUUCUCCACCCCUACAUCAAUCAGAUGUGGCUGAGUGCCGCACCUACAGUGAAGGCAUGACUUUUGGGCACCCCUCUGUGUACUGGAGGCAGUUCCCAGAGAAGGGGGGUUGCUGUGAUCUAGGCAGUCAUGUGGUAUUGCGAACAGAGCCCCCACAUUCUCUUCUCAGCCCUGUGCGCCUGGAGGUCUUCAUCACCAUUGCUGACUUCAGUUCUCAAGGUAUCCAUUUGGUGUUUGGCUCUGAAGAUCGAGCUGAAUUGUUCAGUCUUAUCAUCAAAACUAUGAUUCCUCUUCCUCCCGUGGAGACCCUUGCCCAGCUGCAGGAAAUCAUGCCACGUGGGUCAGACAACUUAAAGUGUCUCUACAGGCAGACGUUUCAGGCAUUCUAUGAGAUGCUCCAGAGUUUGGUGGUAAGAGACCCACACUUGGAAAAUCUUGACACCAUUUUUGAGCUUCCACUUCAGUUCCAAAGACUUGGAUACCUGGUGGCCCUCAUGGCACUGCUGUGUGGGGACCCGCUGAAAGAAAUAGCUGAGGAGGCUGCAGAGGGCACACACUACCUGCUGCAUAUCACCCUGAAGCUGAAAUAUAUCAAUCAUGACAGGAAAUAUCACCAAAGCUUUCAGAAAGCAAUGAAAAAAUGCCGAGAAUUCCUAGAGCUCUACAGUAUCAAACACUUCUACAGUUGUCCCUUCAGAAUUGCCCAGGUGCCAGAAAUUAUGGGAGUUAUCUGUGCCCGGUUAUCCCUAAUCAGCCAGCCAAGUAUCCGCCAACAAAUCAUAAAUACUGUGAGCUUGUUUAUCUCCAGGCCCAGAUAUACAGAUACAGUACUCAGUCACCUUCUAUGUCAUCCAGUACCAUAUGACAGGCAUCUGGUUGAGUUGUGGAGAACACUGGAGGUAAAGCUGCCCAACACGACCUGGAUUCUGUGGAGACUCCUGAGGAAGUUGCAGAAAUGCCAUAAUGUGCCCACUCAGGAGAAGAUGGCCUAUGUGGCUGUUGCUGCAACAGAUGCCCUUUAUGAGGUGUUUAUGGGAAACAGGCUCCGAGCAGCUACGUUCCGACUCUUUCCUCAGCUUCUCAUGACACUGCUCGUCCAGAUUCACCACAGCAUUGGCCUCACCAUGUCUGAUGUCACCAUCCCACGCGGCCUGUAUGCAGACCAAGAAGUACCGUCAGAGGUCACCCCUUUGUGUUUCGCCAUACAGGCUGUAAAGACCCUCCUUCUCAGAACAUUAUGCUGGCAGGAAUUCAGCAUCAUGGAAAAGAAUAAAGGAUGGACUCUUCUGGAAGGAAAAGAUUGCCACCUUCAGGGAGUAUCUCUCCUUGCCAAUGCUUUGCUGAAAAGAAAUCACCUCUUUGCACAGAAGGUCAUGUACUUGUUAGUCCCUCUUCUUAACCGAGGAAACGAUAAGCAUAAAAUCACAUCUGCGGGCUUUUUUGUGGAGCUUCUCCAGAGUCCAGUGGCUAGGAGACUGCCCAGCAUAUAUUCUGUUGCCCGCUUGAAAGACUGGCUACAUCAUGAGAAUAAUCUCUUCAAAGUUCUUGGCCUGAGGGGACUAUACUGUCUCCUCAGACACCAGGAGAUGAGGGAAGCUAUCAAGAGGGUGUUGCCACACAUCUUAGACAGCUUAUGUGAAACUGACGAGAGGAUUGUGCUGUUGGCCAUCCAGAUACUCUUGCACUUUGUCCGUUCAAUGGAUUUUACCACCCUGGCUGACAUGAUGAGGACACUGUUUUCCUUGUUUGGUGAUGUGAGACCGAAUGUUCAUCAUCUCUCCAUGACCCUCUUUGGAGCCUCCAUAAAGUCUGUGAAAUACUCAUAUAAGAAGGGUGUAGAGAACCAAGUCUUGGACAGCUUGGUCCCACUACUUCUGUAUUCUCAGGAUGAAAAUGAUGCCAUAGCUGAGGAGAGCAGACGAGUCCUAUGUAUAUGUGCCCAGUUCCUGAAGUGGAAGCUGCCCCAAGAAGUGUACUGCAAAGAUCCCUGGUACAGCAAACCUAACAAAGUUGGAACAAUCUGCAAAUUCUUUGAAAAAAAAUGCAAGGGGAAAGUUAACCUCAUAGGCCAAACAUUGAUGUACUCCAAGAAUGCAAAACUUCCUAUCAGAAGAGCAGCAACAUUAUUUGUAGGACUCUUAGCAAAGUACAUGGAUUACAGUGAGCUCAAGAUGAAGGGUACUGACAGGAUAGAGGAUGAUCUGAGAGAGAUGCUGCAUGAUCCUGAUCCCUCUGUACACAUCUUAGCCUCCCAGGCUCUGUUCCGCGUCUGGAAGGCAAAGUCUGAACCUGAACCCAGCCAGAGAGUUUGCAGGCUGAGAAAGCUCAUGGGCUGUCUCUCUACCUAG